UGUCAGUACAGAUGUCCAGUAGAAACGCUGUCUGACCUCCAGACCGUCCGUUCUGUGUUCUCUGACCUUCGUCUCUAUUCAGAUUUUUACUAGAGAAGAAGAGACUUGUUUACCUGGCUGGAACCAUUCCUGUCCACUUUGAAGGAAGUGAGUAUAAUAUCCCAGUUUGCAUUUGGCUCCAUGAGACACACCCAAUGUCCCGCCCCCGCUGCUACGUCUGUCCAUCCAUCUCCAUGGUGAUAAACCCCGCCUGCCCCUGCGUGGACGCCAGUGGCAAUGUUCAAUUGGACGCACUGAGCAGUUGGACACAGGGCACGUCCAGCCUAUCGCUGCUCGUGUCUGAGAUGAGGAGGGCCUUCCAGAGGGAUACUCCCCUUUACGCCAGGCGUCCUCUGCAGACCCCGCCUCCUAUAGGUGUAUGUGUGUCAUCAGGAAGCCCAUUUCACUCCACCCCUGACAGACAACACUUGUCCAGACACCAAGCUAUCCAGUGGGAACAGAGUAGGGAGGGUGAGGCGAGGCGGUCCUACGCUGAGGAGCUGCAGGGAAUCGACUUCAGCGUCCCAUCCAACAACUACAACCCCUUCCUAAGCCCAGCCCCCUCAGGUGCCUCACCUCCAGACAUCCUCAGCAGGACCAUGGAUGGACUGAAGCUGGAUGCUGGACCAGAGUCUGGCAGAGACCAGCAGGUCGGCUCACCUGCACGGAUCACUCAAUCAGAAACAGCCAGAAGACAAAACAGAACACACUCUGUACCUCUGGUUCCAGGACCUGAACCUCCUCAGUGCAUCCAGGUAGAACCCAAAUCAGAUCCUGAAGCAGAUCAUAUCAAGAUUGCAUCUUGUCUUCCUCCUGACAAGGCGGCCAUCUUUCUCCGCCUCCUGGACAUGGAGGGGCCACGCUUCAGCACAACGGAUGUCCUGGAGGCGGUCCACCUGAACAGGGAUUACCCGUCAGCCCUCAAGUUCCUGACAUACAGCUGUCCCAUCUGUCAGGAGCAGGUGUCCUUCAGCAAGGUCAUCACUAUGACUCACUGCUCCUGCUUUUUGUGUCAGACAUGUUUUAAGACAUUUUUCUCAGUGGCCAUUAAAGAGAAGAGCAUCGAUCAGUUAGUGUGUCCUCAGUGUGGUCGGCCUAGGAUCCAAGGUCACGGUGGUAUGGAGGAGGCCAUGGACUACUUCAACCUGCUGGACACACAGAUUCGUCACUUCCUACCACCUCAGCUCCAUGAACUAUUCCAGAGAAAACUACGAGACCGAGCUCUGCAGGAAAUGACCAACUUCUGCUGGUGUGCUCAUUGUUCUUUCGGGAUGCUUCAUGAGGUGGACCGCUUGAGGAUGGACUGUCCCAGCUGUAAGAAAAGCACCUGUUCUCAGUGCAGAUCACCUUGGUCCAUUCACCAUGAGGGUCUGAGCUGUGAUCAGUUCAAACUGUGGCAACAGCAGAACCAACCAGAGAACGUCCAAACCAACACUGACCUGAGCUCCAGCAGCAUUGAAUGUCCAUCCUGUCAGCUGGUCUUCAGUUUGUCCAGAGGAGGCUGUCUUCACUUCACUUGUUCUCAGUGCAAACAUCAGUUCUGUGGAGGCUGCAGUCAACCUUUCACUCCUGGACCUGCCUGUAGUUUCGGUUCCACUUGUGCGUCCAAAGGUCUCCAUGCUCAUCAUCCCAGAGAUUGUCUCUAUCACCUGAGAGACUGGAGUGUAACCCGACUCCACCUGCUGCUCCAGUAUUAUAGGGUAUCCCCUUCCUGGUUGAAACCGGCCAAUAGCAGUGCAGUUGACAGCGGUCUGAAAGCUACUGGAGAGUGUUCUGUUCUGGAGUUCAGAGACAGCAGUAGGAAGGAGGAGGAGCCCUGUGGACGUCCGGCCCCACCCACUUUCAGAGGAUACUGCCAGAUUCACUAUAAGGAGCGUUUGGUGGAGCUCAUUAACCGUUGCCGUGCUGACCCAGUGAUGCUCUUCAGCACAGAGGAGAUGGUGGUGGAGCUGCAGCGCUGGAACGUCACCGUUCCAAUGAGGAGACCGGAUGAAUCAGAGCCAAAAUACACUGACCGCCUCCGGAUGGUGGUCACUGAUGCUGUCCCGCUCAGGAAACAGCCACACUCUCUGUUCAACUUUGGAAACUCCUCGUGCCCUUUGACCCCUGCUGUGGCUGCUCCAGCUCCACCUCCUCACUUGCUGCUGAGGGACUGACUGGCUCCUCCCCCUGUCACCAUAGUAACUAAAACAGACUAAAACACAAGUUGCUGCAUGUGAGCAGCAGAAGUUCACUGUGACAAACGUACUUUCAGACUGUUGUUAAUUAAUGAUUAAUGUCAUUAAAGCCUGUUACAACUGUUACUAUGUUCAUCUAGU